CACAUCCUCCGUGCCGUCAUCACCAGCGUAAAAAGUGAGUUAGUACAAUAGAAAUGGAAAAUGGAUGAUCCUGGUGCAUCAAAAUUAAGAAAAAGACAUGCAUUAUUGAAUGCAUCGCCACCUGAACCUAUUGGCAAGAAAACAAAAACACGUGCAGAAGACGACUGUGUGAUAUGUAAGCAAUCAACUACAUCUAAAAGAAAUCCACUACAGAAUCCAAAUCAGGACACCUGGAACAAAAUUGCAGAAAAAGCACUAGAAUGGAAGGAUUUAGGGACGAGCUUUGAUGAUAUUCACGAAAAGAUACAGGUAAAUGCUUUGCCUAGGAAAAUUCAUAAAGUCUGCAGGCUUGAAGUCGUUGGUCAUAAGCUAUUACGAGCACAGGAUACAUAUUAUAGAAAAUCUAUGCCUGAAGAAAAUGUGGGAGAAGCUGCUGGUACCUCUGCAGAACACACAAAAGAACAACGCAUACGAAGCAGCCGCAUUGUUUCUAAAUCUGUUUGUGUUUUCUGUACAGAAACCUUGGAGGGAAAAACUGUUAGAAACAAUGUUGGUGGAAGAACACCAGUGAAGGUUCACAGACUGGAAACACAAGAUGCUUGGAAAACUUUCUCCAAAGCAGUCGAGUACGUUGAUGAUAAACAAACUAAGGAUAGACUGCAGGCUAUAAUUACUUUCUGUGACAAUGAAGGAGGGAUACGGAAAGCAGCUGCGUUGGAUAUUAAAUAUCACAAAGACUGUUGGAAGACAUACUGCAGACCAGUGUACCACCAGAAUGCGAGCGGCAUAAAAAAGGAACAUAAGCAACAGCGAUUAAAAUGGUUGGAAGAAAAACAAACUGAAGCAUUUAAUAGCCUGUGUGAAUAUAUUGUUGAGUACUUGGACAUCCGCAAAGAGGUUUAUACUCUGAGAGACUUAUUGUCAGAAUAUGAGCAAAUUCAGAGAGACAUGAUGAUCAGAAAUGAAGAAAUCAGAAACACAUGUGACGACAAAUACGCCCUACGUUCCCUUCGCCAAAAACUGGAAACACGUUUUGGAAACAAUAUUGGAUUUCAGCCGAGAUACCGGCGAAACGAAUCUUCAAUAGUGUUUUUUACUAAGCAUGAGGAGUGUGACAAUGAAUUAGAAGAUGAAAAGGAGCAAGUCAGUGGAAUUCAUGACUCAUCAUUGGAAACCAGCGAUACAGAUGAAGAGUAUAGUGAUUCAGUGGAAGAUCAGUGA